UUCACAGUUUCAAACUAACACCCAAUUGCUAAAGACAAAAAACACUGCACAUCAUUCUUUAAUAUAAAAUGGCAUAAUGCAGUAGCUUCUGCUUUGGAUUUCCUUAAUGUCUCAGUCUCUCUCUGACCCUGAUCUCUUGGUCUUCUCCUCAAAUUGUCCACAUGCAGCUUCCUGUUCCUGCGCUAUAAAAUAAAAGCUAGCAAGCACAGAGCAGUAGCUAGCUUCUUCUUCUAUAUUGGCCCUUCUCCCACAUCAAUCAUGAAUAAUUAUAAUCUAAUUCUAAUGGCUUCUUCCUACCUUCUUUGCAUGUGGCCAUGCUGCUUCCACAAGCAAGCAAAUCCCAGCUCAUAAUCAUCAUCAUCAUCACUUCUCCACCAUCAUUCCCCACUUGGUUUUUUUUUUUUCCCUCUCUCUCUCUCUCUCUGAAACUACAAGCAAUGUGUUUCUAAAUAAACCCACUACUAAAAGGUUGAGCAAAGAGAGCUAUGGUGUGAUCUGAGACCAGCAAGCAAUUGGGAUCAAGAUUGAGGUUUUGGCUGAGAAAAUGGGCAAGAGAGUAGAGGCUUUGUUCAUUUUCUUGAUCAUUGGGACAAUCUUUCAUAUUGUGAAUGGUGAUCCAGUUGAAGAUAAGCAAGCUUUGCUUGAUUUCCUUCACAAUGUUUCCCACACACGCCCUCUAAAUUGGAGUGAAAACUCAUCUGUAUGCGGAAAUUGGACCGCUGUGAUCUGCAACAAAGAUAAGUCCAGAAUCAUAGAGCUUCAUUUGCCUGGAGUUGGCUUAAAUGGUCCAAUCCCACCCAACACUCUCAGCCGUCUGUCUUCGCUUUCGGUUCUGAGUCUCAGAUUGAAUAGCUUCACAGGUCCAUUCCCUUCUGAUUUUGCUAAACUUGGAAAGUUAACCUCCCUUUAUCUUCAAUCCAACAAGUUCACAGGGCCAUUGCCUUCGGAUUUUUCGGUUUGGAAGAAUCUCACUGUCCUGAAUCUCUCAAACAAUGCAUUUAGUGGGAGCAUCCCUUCUUCGAUUUCCAACUUGACUCACGCGACAUAUCUGAGUCUUGCUAACAACUCGCUUUCGGGUGAAAUUCCUGACCUCAAUGUUCCUAGUUUGCAGCAGCUUGAUCUAGCCAACAACAAUCUCACAGGCAGUGUGCCCAAGUCUCUUGAAAGAUUCCCAAGUUCGGCCUUUUCGGGUAACAAUCUUUCUUCACUAGCCCUUCCCCCAGCUCUUCCAGUUCAACCACCUAGUUCUUCUCAACCAAGUAGUCACAAGAAGUUGGGUGAGCCUGCAAUAUUGGGAAUUGCGAUUGGCGGGUGUGUUCUGGGGUUUGUAGUGAUUUCCUUUUUCAUGAUCAUUUGCUGCUCCAAGGAAUCAGAUGGUGAUGAUAAUGGAGGGGUUGCAAAAGCACAGAAGAAACAAGCGGUUUUAAAGAAGGGUGUUUCUGGGAACCUAGACAAGGAUAACAGGCUUUCCUUCUUUGAGGGUUCCAAUUUUGCAUUUGAUUUAGAGGACUUGCUGAGGGCAUCUGCUGAGGUUCUUGGUAAGGGAACCUUUGGGACAACGUAUAAGGCGGCUUUGGAAGAUGCAAAUACUGUUGUGGUGAAGAGGUUGAAAGAAGUAAGUGUCGGAAAGAAGGAAUUUGAGCAGCAGAUGCAGAUUGUGGGAAGCAUCAGCCAUGAGAAUGUCACGCCGCUGAGGGCGUAUUACUACUCCAAGGAUGAGAAGCUUGUUGUGUAUGAUUACUUCGAGCAGGGAAGCACCUCAGCAAUGUUACAUGUUAAAAGAGGACAGGGCAGGACUCCACUCGACUGGGACACCCGACUCAAAAUAGCAGUUGGUGCAGCGAGAGGCAUUGCUCAUAUCCACACACACAAUGGUGGGAAGCUUGUCCAUGGAAACAUAAAGGCCUCAAACGUUUUCCUUAACCCUCAAGGAUAUGGUUGUGUGUCUGAUGUCGGCUUACCAACACUGAUGAGUCCAAUGCCUCCACCAGCAGUGCGCAAUGGAGGAUAUCGAGCCCCGGAAGUGGGAGACACUCGGAAAUCUACCCCUGCAUCUGAUGUUUAUAGUUUCGGGGUGCUGUUGCUCGAGCUUCUCACUGGAAAAAGCCCAAUACAUACAACAGGUGGCGAAGAGGUUGUUCACUUGGUGAGGUGGGUGAACUCGGUGGUCAGAGAGGAAUGGACAGCAGAAGUGUUUGAUGUGGAGCUACUGAGGUACCAAAACAUCGAGGAGGAGAUGGUCGAGAUGUUACAGAUAGGAAUGUCUUGCGUGGCCAGAAUGCCCGAGCAGCGACCAAAAAUGCUGGAUGUCGUGAAGAAGGUGGAGGAAAUUCGUCAAGUAAAUACUGCGACUCCAGUUAAUCAACCAUCUCCAUCAGAAAUAUCUACUCCAGCCAUAAUACCUUCUGUAGCUGAUACAGGGCUCACAGCAUCAACCUCUCAAGCACCAGUACAAGCACAAGCACAAGGACAAGCACAAGCACAUGCACAAGAACAAGCACAAGCACAAGCACAAGCACAAGCACAAGCAGUUAUCAUAGCAUCAACCUCAGCACAAGCAGCACAAGCACAAGCACAACCACAAGCACAAGAACAAGCACAAGCAGUUAUCAUAGCAUCAAACUCAGCACAAGCAGCACAAGCACAACCAAAGUGAAAUUCUUUCUUCAUAGUCAGCAAUUAUGAUCCUAUGAUUUUUUAUCUUUUAAUUGAAAUUCCAUCAGAAUUGGGCAAAAUGGUUUUCUCCUUGUAGUAGUAUGUGAAACUUAUAUUUCUAUCAAAGCUGUUGCUGAAGUUAGUUUACAGCUGCAGUCAUGGCUUAUUA